AUGCCCGAGAAUAAUGUACAACGAUCGCCAUUGCUUGAAGAAUUUAGGACGCGACAAAAUCGAGGACGCAAAUUCGAACUGCAUGACGUGCUUGGAUCAGUUGUGGAGUUUAGCAGCGAUCAACACGGUAGCAGAUUUAUACAAGAAAAGUUGACAUCUGCUUCUGAUGAAGAUUUGCAAUUGAUCUUUGACGAGAUCUAUCCGAAAGCGAAUGCUUUGAUGACAGAUGUUUUCGGAAAUUAUGUCAUUCAAAAGUUGAUCGAAAAUGGAACGGACGAAAUGCGUAGCAAAUUGGUCGAAAGUAUGAGAAAUCAAAUUCAUUCUUUGUCGCUCAGCACUUAUGGAUGUCGAGUCGUUCAACGUGCUUUGGAUUACGUUGAACCUGAAGAGAGAUUGAACAUUGCGGAUGAAUUGCGAGACCAGAUCAUCCCGUGCGUGCGUGAUCAAAAUGCAAAUCAUGUCAUUCAAAAGAUCUUGGAGCGGGUUUCGCCUACAAGUCAAAUUGACUAUAUCCCUCAGGCAUUCCGUGGAAAUGUCUACAGUCUUGCUGCCCAUUGCUAUAGCUGCAGGGUCUUACAACGAAUCUUUGAAUUCUGCGAUAAAGCCCAAAGUAGACCAUUGCUGGAAGAAUUGCUAGAGGAUGCAGACCGCUUGAUGCGAGACCAAUACGGUAACUAUGUCAUACAAUGGAUCCUCAGCAAGGCUGGCAGAAACGAAAAGGAUCGAAUCAUUCGAUUGGCAAAAGGCAACAUUUUACGUUUGUCAAAACACAAAUUUGCUAGCAAUGUGGUUGAAUCUAUCAUUGCGGCAGCAAGUGAAGAAGAUCGCUAUCAUUUCAUCGAAGAGAUCAUGCUUGAAAAGCCGAUUGCUGCCGUUGUAAUGAUGCGUGAUCAAUAUGGUAAUUACGUCUUGCAAAGAUUCCUUGAACUUGCUGAAGGUCAACAAAAGCAAAAGCUCGUCAUGUUGAUCAAACCUGUUCUGAAUAAUUUGAAAAGGUCUUCAAGUGGAUACACCAAGCAUCUUGUCGCAAUUGAGCGUUUGCUGGAUACUACAACGACUCGCAAUAAUGCUGCCACGAUGACAAAUAAUCCUUCUCAUUCAAAUGCUGGCAUGUCAUCCUAUCAAUGA